CAUGCAGCACCGCUACUGUAACCCCUAAACCAUCUCAUCCAGGGGACUCUUGCACACCUCCAGGGAUGGUAACUCCACCAUCUCCCUGGGUAAUCUAUUCCAAUGCUUGACUACCCUAACAAUGUAUUUUUUUCCCCCUAAUAUCUAAUCUGUAUCUCCUCUGUCUCAGUUUAAGGCCCUUUCCUCUGGUCCUCUCAUUGCAGGCACAGCAGAAGAAAUCAGUACCCACUUCACUAGAACCUCCUUUCAGGUAACCAUGUUUUUCGCUUGAAAAAGCCUGGAAACCUCCUAUGUUUAGAAUAAGCAGUAAGCCCAUACAGUGCACGAUCAAAUGCCAGCCUGAGAAGGGGCAAAGCACUGACUAAAGCUAACAGAAAAGAGAAGCAGAGCUGAAGAAAUAUUAUCUCUGCUUGCAGAUCAUAAAAAAGCUUACAAUGGCAAUGCUCUGGAAAUUCAUGAGAGUAGCUAAGUAUUCUAAAACAGCUUUAUCAUCAAAAGUAAGAGGAAUUCCCACCCAUUCAAGGCAUUCUUCAUCCAAGUCUGUACCUUCAGAUUUUGCUGCCAGUGCACCCUGCUCAAAUACUGUGGAACUGCUUGGUAAAUCUUAUCCUCAGGAUGACUACAGCAAUGUCACAGAGAAGAUUCUUUCCAAGGUGGGGAAGAACUUGCACAACAGAAAACAUCACCCUUUGUGGCUAAUCAAGGAGCAAGUGAAGGAGCACUUCUACAAGCAUUACCUAGGACGCCGUGGGACUCCGCUCUUUUCUGUGUAUGACGGUCUUUCUCCAGUGGUUACAGUCCAGCAGAAUUUUGAUAGUUUACUUAUUCCACAAAACCAUGCCAGCAGAAGGAAAGAGGAUAACUAUUACUUGAAUCGUGACCACAUGCUAAGAGCACAUACGUCAGCCCAUCAGUGGGACUUGAUACACUCUGGCCUGGACGCCUUCCUGGCAGUGGGAGAUGUGUACCGCCGAGACACGAUCGAUAACACCCACUACCCUGUCUUCCAUCAGAUGGAGGGAGUGCGUCUCUUCUCCUGCCAUGAGUUGUUCUCCAGCAUUAAAGAUGGUGAAGGUUUACAGCUGUUUGAGCAAGGCCAUCGCACUGCACACAAGCAGGAGUGUCACACCAUGGAGGCAGUGAGACUGGUGGAGUUCAACCUGAAGCAAGUGCUCACGAAGCUCAUGACUCACAUCUUUGGUGAUGGACUGCAAGUCAGAUGGGUAGAUUGCUACUUCCCAUUUACUCACCCUUCCUUUGAGAUGGAGAUCAACUUCCAAGGAGAAUGGAUGGAGGUCCUGGGCUGUGGGGUCAUGGAGCAGCAGCUUGUUAACUCAGCUGGUGCUCAGGAUAAAAUUGGCUGGGCAUUUGGCUUGGGUUUGGAGAGGCUGGCCAUGAUCCUGUACAAUAUCCCUGACAUCCGACUGUUCUGGAGUGAAGAUGAACGCUUCUUGAAACAAUUUAUUGGGCCUCACAUUUGGCAAAAAGUAAAGUUCCAGCCACUCAGCCGAUAUCCGCCUUUGAUCAAUGACAUUUCCUUCUGGCUGCCUUCUGAGACCUACUCUCAGAAUGAUUUCUAUGAUUUGGUUCGAACCAUUGGUGGAGACUUGAUUGAAAAGGUUGUCCUACUGGAUGAAUUUGCCCAUCCAAAGACGAAGAAGGUCAGCCACUGCUACCGUAUCGUUUACCGGCACCCGGAGAGGACGCUAACGCAGGACGAGGUGCAUCGCAUCCAUCAGGCUAUUGAGGAGUCAGCAGUUCGGGAGCUUGGGGUGGAGGGCAGGUUCUAGCAAUGCUGCUCUGGAGCCCUGAGGACAGUUGCUUUUUUCUUUCCUUUUUUUUUCUUUCUUUUUUUAUUUUUUCUUCUUUUUCUGGGGGUGGUUUUAGGUCACAAGUAGAGAGAUGGGUUUUGUGACUGAACACAGAAAGCGAUUGAUGAAUGGGCAGUGGUAAAACUGGCAGGUAAUAAACAUUACUACUGAGAAAUCAUUGAUGAAACACUGGUGCUUUAUUUUAAGAAAUUGGGGAACAGCAGUAAUGUAAGAUUUCCCUCCUGUUACGAUAAGCAAUACGCUGCCUGGUGGUUUUCUGUGUUGUUAAUUGGUCCCUCGGUUCCAUUAAAC